GGGCCGCGGAAGGAGCGCCGGCGGACGGAGAGCCUGAACAGCGCCUUCGCCGAGCUGCGCGAGUGCAUCCCCAACGUGCCGGCCGACACCAAGCUGUCCAAGAUCAAGACGCUGCGCCUGGCCACCAGCUACAUCGCCUACCUCAUGGAGGUGCUGGCCAAGGACCGGCCGGCCGCCGAGGGCUUCAAGGCCGAGCUCAAGAAGGCCGAGCCCCGCGACGCCAAGAGGAAGCGCGAGCCGCAGUCUGAGGUCUACUCUCACUCUUUAGGCCACGGAGAGAAAAGGCUUAAGGGCAGGACUGGCUGGCCUCAGCAGGUCUGGGCGCUGGAACUGAACCAAUGA